CCCAGCGACAAAUCCCUCUCAGUUGCAACACAGGAGUUUCCUUUCUCACAAGAUUAUUGCAAUGUAUAUAAAGAUGAAUUCUUGUCCCGUGUUUGGUGUCCAACGUUUAUUCGUGAAAGUCAGUGGCAUCAUGUGGCAGUAACAUUAGGUAAACUGACACCAAAAUCAUGUCUCGUUAGUAUAUAUUUAGAUGGCCAGCAUGUGCAUUCUCAAAAAAUUAAUCCGAUAUCCAGUACAUGGAGUAGUUCCGAACGAAAUCAUACAAAUAUAUUUCAUGCAUUUAUUGGAACACCGCCAAUUUGGCGCAAAUAUUCAAAGCUUGUGUGGAAACAAGGAGUUUGCAAUUUGAUUGAUGAUUGUUUUGAUGCAGUAGCUGUAGCCCGAACAUACAUGCUUGGACCACAUUAUGUUGGAUCGUUUCAGGACGCACGAUUGGAAGAUAAUGAAGAAAUAAACCCUAUAAUCCCAGAAGAUAGGAUUGCAUUUAGUCUAAAUCCUAAAGCCCACUCGUGUAUGACGUUGAACAAAAUACGUAAAAUGUAUAACAGAAUGGAUGCUAAAGCAAUUGCAAAACAAUUGGGAAUGAGUUCUCAUGAAAAUGCUACUCCAAUUAUAGUGUUGCAUAAUGCUGCUGGACAUUUGAAUGGCCCAGCGCGUACUUUAGGUGGAGUAUUAAUUGGUUAUCUAGGUAUUCGGAAAUUUAAUCCUCUCCCAGUUUCUAUGACAAUUCACACCGUUGGUGGAUGCAGUGUUUUGCUUGGUUUGGUAGCUAUGUCACGCGAUAUUGAAAGUUUAUAUGCCGCCGUAAAAGCAUUAACUUGCAUUUUACGGACAAGUAAAUCAGCGCGACAAGAAAUGAAUCAGCGACGUUUCUAUCAAACGCUUGGGAUGUUAUACAAAAGAAAAAAAUCGUUGUUAAAUUCGCAUAUUUUACAUUUAACGUUCAAUUUAGUUGGUACCAUUCAUAGUGGUCAUGAAGCAUCUGCAACGCCAAAUCCAACUGCAUUUCAGGAUCUGCUGUGUGAUUUUCCAAUAUGGCUUGAUCAAUCAAACGAGCUGAUUCGUUCAUUGUUGGAACAUCUGUUGGAACUUUGUGCAGAAUCCAAUGAAAAACUAACAAUCAUUCGAAUGAUGCAUGAUUUACAGUGUUUAUCUAAAUUGCUGUAUAUCAUCCAAGACAUCACUAAUCAAGAUGCUGAAAAUGCAUUAUUCGCUUUAAUACAAAUACUUCUCUCUCAUCAAACAAGAUCUAAUGAUAUUCUACUUUUCGGACAAUAUAUUGCGAAAUGUAUUCCUAAGAUUGUUAGUGAAAAAACCAUGGAAAUAGAUAUCGAUCGACAAAUUCAUUUACGAAAUCGUUGCCUAAGACUCUUACAUCAGCUAUAUUAUGAUGCUAAUAACAUCAUUAAUUGGAAAUUUUGCGAUGAAAUGGCUCGAAUACUUGGACUCGAAUGGGUACUGCUACUAAUGCAACCACAUCUGCAUCAUACAUCUAUUGUUUGGGCUUUUCGUUUGCUAGUAACAAUGCUAACACGAGAGUCCAUUAUUGCUCGCUUCAGAGAAGUAAAAUGUACGAGUGCUGAACAAGGAUACCUAAAAAACACGGAAAUGAUUAUGCAUUCGCAAAACGCCAUCAUACUUUCGUCAAAAUCGCCGUUUCAUGUUUUAGGAGCAUACGGGUGCAAUACUGUUUUAGAAGAAAAUAGUACUUUUAAUCAAGCAUCACAUCAACUAAUGGGAUUUUCGUAUUUAGAAUGGCUGUUAAUGCAUCGCACCAACGUAUCGGAAGUAUUUUCAUUGCUGAUUGCAUUGAUAAUAGGCAUUCCGGUAAAAUCAUUGAUUGAACCUUCAAGAAAUAAUAACCUCGAAUCAAUAUGGUCCUUCGUUUGGUCAUCGAAUAUAAAAUUAGACAAACUGACAUUCUGUACCGAAGCUGUAUGCAUCUUAUUUUCUUUAAUUAGAUCAAUCGUUCAUUGUAAAAAAAGGUACCAACAAAAUAUCGAAGAAAAGAUUUCUUCCCCACACUGGAUACAUGCACAUCCAUGUGAAACAUUAAAAUUAUUUACUUCUUUUUAUAAGCACCUACCUGAUUUUGUACCAGUUGCCAUGAGUCGGGAAGUUAUUACCUCUCUUAUUUCAAUACGAUUUGAUCCUACCACAGUGCUUCUUGUUGAUCCAUCGUUGGAACAUCAUUUAAAAUUCCCGGUUGAAGAUGUAAAUCAUCAAUCAAACAUGGAUUCAUCUUUUGCUCCUGCUUCAGAAUUAACCAAUGAACCAAAGAAUGCACGAUCAUCCUCCAAAAACACAACGCCGGAAAUAGAACCACAAUCUGGAACAAUGUGCAAUAGUGAACCAACAACCGCACAGGUUAUGGAUAUACUUCAAGCUUUAAUUAUUGAUUCCCUGUUGUUGAUGCCCUAUACAAAAACUCCACCUGUAAUAGAUUUAGUCCUGGAUUUUUAUAUCUCAGGCAGCAUUAUUUCCCUAAACGAGCGUAAAACAUUUUUAACGGAAAUUAUUUUGUUGUUGAUGAAAAAUGCGUCCCUAAAUGAUAUUACUGAUGGACAGAAAACCCCUUUCUUGAAUAACAAUGAUAUAAAAUUUACAGGUCAAGAGUAUCUGUUAACUAACAUUUUCUACAUGACAGCUCGAUUUGUCGAUAAAUUGUGGCAACAAAUGUUGUUGAUUGAUGGCCGCGAAGUGUUUGAUUACUGCGUUACUUUACUAAAUCACGUAAAACGAACUGCAAGCCGCACACCUUCAUUAGCAAAUAACGGAGGAAGUAUCAGCUGUAAUGGAAACAAUUAUUCAAGCGCAAAUUCUUUAGAUGCAUUAUACCGUUCAUUAAAUCGAUGUAUACUUUAUCUACUUGCAUAUCCACCAGCUCCGUUUAAUAUAACAUUAGUAGAGAUAUUAAACAAGCUCAUGUAUAAUCGAUUAUUAGUGUUUGGAGCCGGAAACCAUGAUCCAGACUUCAUCGGAUGUUUGACUUAUUGUAUAAUCCAACUUCAUAAAGGGGAUAAACCAAUUUUACAUAUUCCGUCGCAAUUUGAUCAACAGCGAACGACAACUGGGUACGUGGAAUUAUUUUUCUCUAACAAAUCUGAAUACUCGAAACUGGAGCAUGGUGAGGCAUCAAAUGGAUCAUCAACUGAAUUAGAAAGGAUGUCAUUUAGAGUGUGGGAAGAGCUCUACGUUUGCAAAAAACCAGUUAUAGAAGAAGUUUUCAAAGUAACGCUGGCAUCACCAUUCCAAAAUUGUCGUGCUCCAAACAUCAAAGGUACAUAUGAUCAAAUAUUUGAAUCGGCAUUCAAACAUUGGCUAGCAUACGUAGAAGGAGAGAAAAAUGCUAUAAUACGAAACCCAUGGGAUGUGCAUAAUAACAUACAAUCAAAAAUUCAAAAAGUAACUGAUGGUCUGACGCGACUUACAAGUCGUACAAAACUGAAAAAAGACAUUUCAGAACGAAAUGAUGUACGUUUUGAUCAAUAUAAUACUGAAUCAAACAAACAAUUAGUCAAUGCAAAAAUUACUCUCAUAGAGGAGUUUUGGAAUUUUGGAUUGAUGCAACAAGAAAACAGUUAUGUACACACCAAACGAUACGUUUAUCAGGAUUGGCUGCAAAUCGAAGCAGAAUUGAUUCGCGAACGAGCUAUCUGGGGACCAAAAUGUUGCACUGAAUUUACAAAAUGGACCCUGGAUAAUACAGAAGGGCCAUAUCGAAUGCGCAGAAAGAUGAUGAAGAAUGUGUUUUUUUUAUCUACAUUAUCCGCCAAAACCUGAUUCAGAAGAAUCAGUCGAUCCCAUACGUCCAAUUAAGAGUCGUGUGGCAAGCAGUUAUGAUAGUGCUAAAUAUAGCAAAUUUGUUCGAUUGUAUCGAAAUAUGUUUCCUGAACAAUUUGAGCAGGAUGUAACACCAAUUGAUCAAUCAAAAAUAAAUGGCAGUAUCAAAUGUUGGGAGUAUCCAAAACAUAAUAGCGUGCUAAAUUAUGGAAUGGAAUAUUAUUUGGAAAAUGAAGAAGACUUGCCUGUAUCAUUUCCGGAUAGUCAGAUAUUGUUGAGACUUUUAGAAGAUAAAGAAAAGGUAUCUCACAUUUUUCGAACAGCUCGUAUACAAGGUUUGGAUACUUUUGAGGGAUUGCUGCUUUUUGGAAAAGAAUGCUGCUAUAUUGUUGAUGGAUUCACUAUGCUUUGUAAUCAAGAAAUACAUGAUAUCGAUUCUUUGCCGAAGGGGAGUUUCGAUCCUAUAUUACCGAGCACGACAUCUGGAAGCUGCCAAACAGCUCAAAACAUCAAACAAUGCUCAAAGAUAUUUUAUGAAGAUAUCUGCGAAAUUCAUAAACGACGAUAUUUGCUGCAGCCAAUAGCUCUGGAAGUCUUUUGCGCCAAUGGUCAAAACUACUUACUUAGUUUUCCACAAAAAGUAAGAGAUAAAGUGUUUCAAAAAGUCUCCUCUAUGGCCACACAAAUUGCUGAUAAUGCCCAACAAUCCGUUGCCGGACAGAAAAGGGCAGCAAGUGUAGAACAUAAGACUGGACUUUUAAACAAUUUGAUAGGUGAAACAUCUGUUACUCAGCGUUGGGUGCGAGGCGAAAUAUCAAAUUUUCAAUAUUUGAUGCAUUUAAAUUCUCUAGCUGGGCGUUCAUAUAAUGACUUAAUGCAGUACCCUGUAUUUCCUUGGAUUCUAGCCAAUUAUGAUUCCGAAUUUUUAGAUUUGAGUGAACCUUCAAAUUUUCGGGAUCUUUCAAAACCGAUGGGAGCUCAAACGCAGGAACGAUUGGAACAGUAUUUAAAACGAUUUAAAGAUUGGGACGAUCCACAAGGUGAUACUCCGCCAUAUCAUUAUGGAACGCAUUACAGCUCAGCUAUGAUCGUGUGUUCGUAUUUGAUUCGUCUUGAACCGUUUACACAACAUUUCUUACGAUUACAAGGAGGCCAUUUUGAUUUGGCCGAUCGAAUGUUUCACAGUGUUAAAGAAGCGUGGCUCUCAGCUUCAAGACAAAACAUGGCAGAUGUAAAAGAAUUAAUUCCUGAAUUCUAUUAUCUUCCUGAGUUUUUGGAAAAUUCAAAUCGUUUUGAUCUUGGAACAAAGCAAAAUGGAGACAUUUUAAAUCAUAUUGUUCUUCCACCAUGGGCCAAAAACGAUCAUCGAGAAUUCAUUCGUAUGCAUCGAGAAGCUCUUGAAUGUGAUUAUGUGAGUCGUCACUUACAUUUGUGGAUUGAUCUCAUUUUUGGGCACAAACAGCAAGGACAGGCAGCAAUAGAUGCAGUGAACGUAUUCCAUCAUUUAUUUUAUGAAGGGAAUGUUGAUAUUUACAGCAUUGAAGACCCCCUUGAGAAAAGUGCAGCAAUUGGUUUUAUAAACAAUUUUGGGCAGAUUCCAAAGCAAUUAUUCCGAAAACAACAUCCUGCUAAGCGAAUUACCACUACAAAGCAAUUUUCCAUAUUGGGUGAUGUAAGUCCACUGCAUCCUCCACAAACGCCAAUCGGAGUAACACCAGCAAUCAACUACGAGAAAAUCUUUUUUUAUCAUUUGAACAAUCUGAAGUCAUCACAACAACCAAUCAAAGAGCUCAAAGGUCCGGUGGGGCAAAUAAUUCAUUAUGAGAAACAAAUAUUGUGCGUUGAACAAAAUAAAAUGCUCAUACCAUCAUCAUAUAAUCGCUACGUAGGUUGGGGAUUCGCUGAUCAUUCGUUACGAAUUGGUUGUUACGAUUCUGGUCGUAUACAUCAAGUAUGGGAGAACGUUGAUAUUUGUGGCGAAAUUCAUACCUGUACAUGUCCUAGUGCAAAGUUACUGAUAUUUGCUGGUACCAGUUCGGUAUUAUCUGUAUAUCAUAUGGAUACGAAUAUGAAAAAAAUUUCUCUGAAACAAACACUGUACGGACACAUUGAUGCAGUCACUGCUCUUACAUCUAGUACUGCUUACAACAUAAUUAUAAGUGGUUCUCGAGAUCAAACUGCAAUAAUAUGGGAUUUGGCGAGAAUGACUUACGCACGCCAAUUAAUAGGCCACGUUGGAGCUGUAACUGCAAUCAGUAUCAAUGAAUUAACGGGUGAUAUUGCAACAUGUUCCGGCACAUGGCUUUACAUAUGGUCUAUCAAUGGUCUCAAUCUAGCUGUUGUCAACACAAGUAUGGGUAGUUCGGAUCGAAUGCAACAAAUUCUUUGUGUGACUUUUUCAUAUAUUCGAGAAUGGGACACUAAUAAUGUCAUAAUCACUGGCUCUACUGACGGAAGAAUACGGCUAUGGUCAAUGGAGGUCAUUAGAAAUCGGCCACAACAAUCAUCGGUAAAUGCCAAUAAUGAAUUGUUGACGGUUGAAUCUGGUGCAAAAGACAAUAAUCUAAAAUUAUCAAAAAGCAACGUGGCGUGGGAGAGAAAGCUUGUUUUUAGAACGGAUUUGACGAUGCAUACAGCUUAUGAUUAUAAGAACAAUAUAGAACCUGCAAGUAUUACCGCGUUAGCCAUCUCCAAGGACCAUCACACAUUAUAUGUUGGAGAUGCCCGAGGACGAGUAUAUGCUUGGAGUGUGGCAGACUCAUCAUCUGGUUGUCAAGCCCGGCUAGUAACUCAAGAAGUAAAUAAAGGCUCUAGUUUAGAACAUUAAGAGUACAGCAGUUCAUCGUACCUACAACAUAUUAACUAUAUGGGAUGGAAAAAGGUGUGUUAUUCCGCUUGCCGUCGUGACAGCCCAUUGAAAUGUUAUGACAUUUAUUUAUUUUUAAUAAUCUUUCGAUUGCGCCCACACACAAUUGUUUGACCCAUACGGUUCUUUAAAAAAUCAUUUCCUACUUAGAACCGCUAAACGGGACAUAUUGUCCCAUAGGCAAUAUAUAAAUAUAUUAAUAUAUCUAGAUGCUAUUUUCUUUUCAAGCAAGGCAAAGAACUUGCCAAAGAUUACCUAUUAAAUAAAAGCGCCAACGCUAACUUGCCUAUGUCAGAUGCUGGAGGUUUUUGUCAGCGCUGCCAGGUUCAAAUGUUUUAUUACGAGGGCAAAAGUGCUAACGAAUGAACAUGCAACAGACCAGUAUGUAAAAAAUGUACUAAAAGAGUUUCGUACGUAUGCGUUUCAUGUGAAUCAGGUCUUGAUGAAGCAAAUAUGUGUUAUAGGUGCUUGAAAUAAUUAAUCUAGGUGCUCAUUUUGCUAUCGAAAAAAGUCUUGUCCUCUUCCUUUGGCCAUUUGGAGCAGUGAUGAAAUCAAAUUUUUGUAAUGUUUCUAAAGGGAGUCAUAGACGUUUACAUAUACCCAAAUAACGUUGAACAAAAGACCCAUUUUAUUAUCAUAACAACUCAGCUAGUCAGUAGAUUUUUAAACUUGAUUACACCAAAUUAUUUCAACUUAUAGCUAUAAGCCUUGCUUUACUGUCGUUCAACCCUGUAAGAAAUUAUUAUUAGCGUUCAUCAUUAGAAGCCCUGUUAUUAAUGUAAAGAAAACUGGCCAUGAUAUCAUUUAUAUGUGGUUGAUAGGAUCUCAAGUCGAUUUUUUAUUGAGUUGCUAAUAAAGCUUCAUAAUACCUAAUUAUGACGUUUAUUAAUUAUUACACCAUAAGAAACUGUUAGGUAAUAAUAAACAUGUCUAAAUAUGUACACAUAACGAAUGGGACAAAAUAAGGUGGAAAACCCCGGCGAUUUUAGUGGCAUGUUUAUUUUAACUGUUGCGCAAUAUCUUACGAAUAAUAUUUAUUUGAAAGCGGAAAAUAGACUUUUGUAGAGCAUUAAUGAAUGUUGCAAACUAUAGCAACAGCACUCUUGCUUUUCUUAAGCAGUCGCGGCGUUUUCUUAAGCAGUCUUAUAUUAUUCUUUUAUUGUGACGCUAAAAAAUCAAACGCUUGACUUCGGCUCGAUUGGUAACGGAUGCUCUGUCGGGAAUCACGGUAGAUAACGUUGACAGAUCUAAUCUAACGUUAAAUUAUAUUCAUAAUAAAAGUUGGUAGGAUGAUUGUAUACGAAAACAUUCAAAAAAUCAUCGUUUUGUUUUUAUUG